GGGCGGAAGUUCCGGUUGGGAGCGCGUCGGGGGAGCCGGGAGGAGAGCGCGCGCCGGGCCCGCGGGAGAGGUGCCAGUGUCUGAGUCCCUCUCGGUGUAUGUGUGGUAACAACAUGUCUGUCCCCCUCCUCACUGAUGCAGUGACUCUCUCAGGGCCAGAGCGGGAGACUGCCGCGGUCAUUUUUUUACAUGGCCUUGGAGACACGGGGCACAGCUGGGCUGACGCUCUCUCCUCCAUCCGCCUCCCCUACGUGAAAUAUAUUUGCCCUCAUGCGCCCCGGAUCCCGGUGACCCUCAACAUGAAGAUGGUUAUGCCCUCCUGGUUUGACCUGAUGGGGUUGACUCCAGAUGCACCUGAGGAUGAAGCUGGGAUCAAGAAAGCUGCAGAAAACAUUAAAGCAAUUAUUGAGCAUGAGAUGAAGAAUGGGAUCCCACCCAACCGCAUCAUCCUGGGGGGCUUCUCACAGGGCGGCGCCUUGUCGCUGUACACGGCUCUCACCUGCCAGCACCAGCUGGCCGGCAUCGUGGCGCUCAGCUGCUGGCUCCCGCUGCACAAAGCCUUCCCGCAGGCGGCGAAUAAUGGUGUGAACAAGGACAUCGCCAUCCUGCAGUGCCAUGGGGAGAUGGACCCCAUGAUCCCUGUCCGCUUCGGGGCCCUCACUGCUGAGAAGCUGAAAUCUGUUGUCACUCCCACCAAGGUCCAGUUCAAAACCUACCCUGGCGUGAUGCACAGUUCCUGUCCUCAGGAGAUGAUGGCGGUGAAGGAGUUCAUUGAGAAGCUGCUGCCCCGGAUCUAAGCGGAGCCAAUCGAGACUUGUCGCAGGGAAGGAUGCCGAGGUUGCAGCCGCCGAUCUUUCCCUCGUGACCUGUCCGCUGCAAACGGAAGCCAUGGCACCCCACCGCACCUCCCGCCGCA